AUGGCUCUCUUCAGCGGCGCCGCCUCCGCUCGCAUCAUUCCCUCCGUCUCACUCUCCUCCUCGUCUCGCGCCUUCUUCUCCCUCUCAUCCUCUUCUUCCUCGCUCGAAUGCUUGCGCUCCUCUCCUCGCAUUUCGCACCUGUUUCUCAAUCAGCGGAGAGCGGAGGUUCGCGUUUCGAGUGGAGGAUAUGGAACGGUGUCGGCACCGAAGUCCUUUGCGUCUGAUCCUGAUCAGUUGAAGAGCGCUAGAGAAGAUAUCAAGGAGCUUCUCAGGUCCAAGUUCUGUCAUCCUAUUCUGAUUCGUUUGGGAUGGCAUGAUGCUGGUACUUAUAAUAAGAAUAUUGAGGAAUGGCCACAAAGAGGUGGAGCUAAUGGUAGCUUAAGAUUUGAAGUUGAGCUGAAACAUGCAGCCAAUGCUGGACUUGUAAAUGCAUUGAAACUUCUUCAGCCAAUCAAAGACAAAUACUCUGGUGUGACAUAUGCAGACUUAUUUCAGUUGGCCGGUGCUACAGCUGUGGAGGAAGCUGGAGGCCCAAAACUCCCUAUGAAAUAUGGAAGAGUAGAUGUAUCUGAACCUGAGCAAUGCCCUGAAGAAGGGAGACUUCCUGAUGCCGGCCCCCCUUCACCUGCUGAUCAUUUGCGUCAAGUUUUCUACCGAAUGGGUUUGAAUGACAAGGAAAUUGUGGCAUUAUCUGGUGCACACACACUGGGGCGGUCUAGACCAGAUCGAAGUGGUUGGGGAAAGCCUGAGACUAAAUAUACGAAAGAUGGGCCAGGAGCACCUGGAGGACAAUCUUGGACUGCGCAAUGGUUGAAAUUUGACAACUCUUACUUUAAGGACAUCAAAGAAAAAAAGGAUGAAGAUCUAUUAGUAUUACCAACUGAUGCUGCUCUUUUUGAGGACCCAUCCUUCAGGGUAUAUGCUGAGAAAUAUGCCGAAGAUCAGGAAGCAUUCUUUAAAGAUUAUGCUGAAGCCCAUGCAAAACUUAGCAACCUUGGAGCCAAAUUUGAUCCUCCAGAGGGCAUUGUGAUAGGUGAUUCUCCAAAUGCAGGGGCAGAGAAGUUUGUAGCAGCCAAGUACUCCAGUGGAAAGAGAGAGCUGUCUGACGCUAUGAAGCAGAAGAUUCGGGCUGAAUAUGAGGCCAUUGGUGGAAGCCCAGAUAAGCCUCUACAGUCAAACUAUUUUCUAAAUAUCAUAAUUAUUAUUGCAGUUUUGGCAUUUUUGACAUCACUUCUUGGAAACUAG